CACGUAUCACGUGGCAACCAUUGAAAAUUCUUUUAUUGUUCUCUGAAUAUAUAACAUCGCAAAUUCACAAUAAAAUUGAAGACAAAUUUAACGAGUAAUCAAAUUGUUGAAAUUUAUUUAAAAUGACAGACGAAUCUAACGGAGAAUCUACAUUCGAGUUUGUAGAAAAAAAAUCGGACGACAUUUCAGUACCUGGGGAGAUUGUUAAAACUGAUUCAUUUUGCAGUUUAUCGUCAUCAACAUCUCUUUUAACACCCUUGGGUGUUUCUACGUCAACAGGAAAUUUAUUUUCAAACCUAGCACCGCCAGCGGCACUGCCCAGUUUUGUUUCACAUCCUGUUGCAGUUUCCUUAGAUAAAAAUCUUCAAAAUACAAACGUAUCUUUACCAAAGCAAAAUGAAUUGAUCAAGAAACCACUUGUAUCUCAUACUUCUACAGAAAGUAAACAAGAAUAUCCAAUUACUUCGGCGUCAGAAGUAUCAACAAACCCACCUACCGAACCGAUAGAAACGCAAUUGCAAGAUUCAGGAAUAGUUGGUAGUGGUUUGCUCUCUUGGGUAAAAGAGACUGCAGUAAUUAGCAAUGUUUUAAGCAAAGUUGCUGAGAAGGCAAAAAAUAGUGUCAAUACCAUGAUCACAACAUUGGAUCCACAGAUGCGUGAGUUCAUUUAUUCAGGCGGUGAUAUAGAAAUUGUAGUGGCUUCAGAUAAAGAUGCCAAAAUAAGUCCUGUACGCCAAGCAUUUCAAGCAGUUUUUGGUAAAGCAACAGUUACUGGUAUACCUGUGGAUUGUACUUCCAUAGCUGCUCAACCAGUUGGUUUUGCUGCUGGUGUUAAAGGUGCUGAAGAGAGAAUUAAUUCAGCACGUAACAACAAUUCAUCCUUACCAAAAGAUAUACCUAUUAUUGCUAUAGAAAAUUUUUUACUAGAAAUAGGCGAAGACAAGUGGUACGAUUUAGGAGUGAUUCUUCUUAAUGAUCCAAAAAACAAUGUAAAUCUUCAAACAUUUACUCAAAUGACUCCAGUACCUAGUCAAAUAGUUUUGCUAGCGCAACAAGAUACACCGGAAGAUUAUCCUCUUAAAUGGUCUGGAUUAUCGGUCACAAUUGGCAGUUUAAUGGCAAACAAUUUACAAGUUUCUCACAACGAAUGGCAUCAUGCACUAACUGGAGUUUCAAGAAGAGAUUUGAUAUUUUUAGCAGUUCAAUCUCUGGCGGGAAUUUAUAAAACUACGAUAAAUCCUGUGUAAUAUUUGAUAAAUCAAUACGAUUGAAAAAUAAUAUUUUUUGUAAAUAUAAUUCUAUUAAUACAGAAGAUAACAACAAAUAAGGUUUAGAUUGUUCAAUGAACAAAAAAACAAAUAUCUAUGUACAAUGAAAGAACAGUGAUCUGCGUAAAAAUGAAUAUAUCAAUAUAUAAUUAUUAAAUAUUUUAAGAAAAUUUUAAAAAAGAAUAAAUCGACUAAUAAGAUGAUAUUAAUCUUAUCUUUAAUUUGUAUCCAUAUAGGUUGAUACUUAAAAGAGAUGUACACACAAAAAGUACAUCAUCGUUAAAGAAUAAAAAUUCGGACCUCAUAAGGACAUUAUGAUAUGGAUUUAAAGUUAUGUUAAAAGAGAGUAAUAUUUGGUCUCUUUUAUAAUCUUUUGUUUAAUCUUCUUAUAUUGUUCAUGUUCGGAAAGAUUACAGUAUUGUUGCGAUUUUAUGAUCAUUGGUAAACGAAAUUGGCGAUUCAGAUAAUUUUAAUAACAAAAAAAAA